CUGCCGUGCACACUCCGCACAGAUUCAUCAUCCACCACCUCGAUUAGAUACGUCCUGCAAGCCAACAAGCAACAUUUUUGCAAGGCCUAUAUAUGACUAUCGCUUGAUCGGUGCCCGCAACACUCCAGCAGUUCAGUUUUCAUCGUCAAUCAGUUGAAAAGAGGCAGAAAAAACGAAGAACAGUUCAGCAGCAUCGAUCCGGUCGGCCGUGGACAUGUCUCCGGCCAGCUCGUUCGCGUCGCUCUGCCGGCGCAGGCUGAUCCACUGCACCACCCGCCUCGGCUGCGACAACCAGCCAGCCACGGCGGCGCAUUUUCUGGCGCUGGAUCGGCGGAGAUCGUUUUCGUCCUCUGGCCUGCGUCGUGGCAUCGGAGGAACCAGGAGCAGCGGCGGCGGCGCAGGUGGCACAGGACGACCUGCUGCAGGUUUCUCCACCUGGGCAAGACUGGCAAUUGGCUCCACUGUUGCUAUCGCGGCGCCGUUCCUGCACUCCAAACCGGCGUCGAUUCUGCGGAUCGGAAAUGAGGUGGAGAUGGUGAAGGACGCCGCCGAGACCGCGGCGGAGGUCGUGGAGGAGGUGGCCACGGCGGCCGAGAGGGUGUCGUCCGAGGUGGCCGGGCAUCUGCCGGAGGACGGCCGGCUGAGACGCGCCGCCGUGGCAGUCGAGCACGCCUCCAAGGAGGUCGCGGAGGAGGCUCAUCUUGCACGAGACAUCAUCCACAAGGUCGAUGAAAUUGAGGAGGACGUCAAGGCAAUUAUCGAACCGAUUAUGGAUCAUGGGAAGCACGAGAGGAAGCAUUUAGAAAAGUAGAUUUUUUUUCUUUGUAGCCUAGAUUCAUCCAGGCCGAUCCCGCUGUCUCAUGGGACCGCGGAGACAAUAGAGAAGCAUUCUAUAAAGCUGCAUUAUUCAUGUCGAAUUCAUUUUUCCAAUAUUAAAAACCAAAAUAAGUAUAUGGGCAUUGAAAAAUCAUGGGUAUCCAUGUCGUUGCUUGCUUGUACGGAGAUCUUAUCUUACGAGUCGUGAAAUGUAUUUUUUGUGCUCGAAGUAUGCCCGAACUCUGGAGGCCAUCGUUUGCGGUGUCAUUGUAAU